UGUAACUACAGACUACACCAGAGAUGAGCAAUGCUCAGUGCGAUCUCGUGCGCGAGAUAAUAAUAACACGAAUUUCUAAUUCGUAAUUGCUUCCAUUUCGGGUCAAAUGUGGAGUCGAUGAUAAUGGGCUGGAGGGACGUCAAAGGGUGGUACCGCGUCAGAAGCACGUUGGAGAAAGUGCUUCUACUCACCGUGCUGUUCUUCGUUUUCGUUAUAAUCGUAUUUUUCGUGUGUUUAUUAACGUCGCACGAUCUACCAGAAAACGAUAUUUGCAUGAGCCCCGAGUGCAUUCGAGCGGCUGUCCACAUCCUAGACACGAUCGAUGCCGAGGUGAAUCCUUGCGAUGAUUUCUACCGCUUCGCCUGCGGGAAUUUCCUGAAAAACGCCUACUCCAACAACCAGCCCACCAUGCUGCAUUCGCUCAGCCAGCUGGCGAAAAACCAACUGAGGCAGAUCGUUAUGGAGAGGAGAAACGAGGCGAAUCUGACCAGACUGGUGGCGCUCCAGCGGCGAUUCUUCAGAAGCUGCACCAACACCAGCUGGAUCGACAAGCACGGGGAUGAGAGACUGUUCAACAUCCUGGACGUGGUAGUAGACGGUUGGCCGAUAUUGAAAAUGGAAAACUGGUCGCAAAAUAGCUACGUUUGGACCAAACCAAUGGUAGCGGCCAGAAAGUUGGGUGUGUACCAUCACUUCUUCCUGCGCAUCGAGGUCAUGCGGGACUUUAACACCGGCGAAGCGAUGUUGUGGAUAAGACCGCCGUUCGAUGCCGAAAUCGAAUCGUUCAUGUUCGACGACGCCAACGUGGAGUACAUUUACAACAUAGCCAAAGAGUUAGGAGCCAGCAGCGUCGAUGUCAAAACCGAUCUGCGGAUAACCAACAAAUUCGCGGAGGAAUUGCGAUCGAUCGCCGGGAGACAUUCGAAUCAAUCGCAGGCCUACGAUCAGAACACCAACAUAACGAUACAAGACAUCGACCACAAGUUUCUUAAAGUCGAUUGGUGGAAGUUUUUGAGAAACAUCACCGGCUUGCAUUUGAGCAAAAACGAUAGAGUAAUCUUCGAUGUGGACGGUUAUCUAUCAGAUUUGUAUUAUUUAUUCCACCGAACAUCAAAAUCCACACAAGCUAAUUACAUAGCAUGGGUACUCAUACUAUCCAACAUAAACUACCUGCCGGAAAAAAUCAGGAACCAACACGAUUUAAUGGUGGAGAACACGGAGCACAGAAAGCCGGAGAAACGAGUCGAUCAAUGCUACGAAUUAAGUCUCGGAUUAUUUACCUCGAUAGCCGAAGCGGAGUACAUACGGAGGUACACAACACCAGAAAAGAAGCAGAAAAUUCAGAUCAUGAUCGAUUAUGUACAAGCCGAAAUGAAAGACGCCAUCGAAACCUCCAAGUGGAUGGACGAAGAGAACCGAUCCAACGCCAUUCAGAGACUGAAGAAUAUCACCACUUACAUCGGCUGGCUGGACGCGGCGUUCAAUACAAGCCAAAUGGAAGAAAUCGCCGGCUACAAUAAGAUCAAGCAUUUGCCUCGCCACGGCCAUGCUAUAGACAUCGCCAUGCUGGCGAUUAAAGUGAAAUACGACAAAUUGUACGCCUCAAUUCACUCCAAACUCAGCUGGAAAUUGGAAAAUCUCCUCAAUCCUGGUAUAGAAGUCAACGCGUAUUUCAUGAGAAGCAGCAAUAUGCUGAUAUUACCCGCUUCGAUUUUACAAGGAGUGAUAUACGAUGCAAACAGGCCGAAUUACAUGAAUUUCGGAGCCUUGGGGUCUGUAAUAGGCCACGAAUUGACCCACGGAUUCAGCAUACUACAAGACACCAACGACGAUGUAUGGACGAAUUCAACGCUGGAACAGCGCGGGGAAAUAGUCGAAUGCGUCCAGAAAGAGUACAACCGCUACCGAUACAAACAAGGCAAAGACACUAACGACUCGUCGCUGAGCGUGGAGGAAAACGUGGCCGAUUUCAGCGGGGUGACGCUCGCCUACGACGCGUACAGGAACUGGCGCCGGGCCAACGGCGGCGAGCGGGCGCUGCCCGGCGUCCGGUUCAACGGCGAUCAGAUCUUCUGGAUAAUGGCGAGCACCUUCAUGUGCUACGAGCCGCAGCUGGCCGAAAAGGACGCCGACGACCAGCACAGCACGCCCGAGUUCCGCGUGAUCGGCAGGAUCAGGAAUUCGCCGUACUUCGCGCACGAUUUCGGCUGUCCCGAGGGCUCCCGGAUGAAUCCCAGGGAGAAGUGCCGGGUGUUCGUGUGAACGUUGCUAUAGUUGUAAUGGUUUUUAAACGAAAAGAAACUCGAUUUUUUUAAAUUUUUUUUACAGACUAUUAAUUGUAUCGUUAACCUUCCGAAGCGAUUGAGACGUCAAUUAGUUAAUUAUGAUGAAUUUUUUUUCGGAAAAAUUCAC